AUGCCCAAAGCCUGGGUGUCCCGCCCUCGGCACCCCCUAUGCUCUCACCUGUCGCCACCCGGCUGCCUACGAGGUUCCCCGAUCCCCGAAAUCCUCUUCCGGAGGUGGCGCCAGGUGCAGGCUUGCACAGUUGGAGCUUAUCCGGGCGAGCCCCGCCCCAUCCAGGCUUCCACUAGCAGGUGGAGCGGUUGGCGGCGUGCCCAGGCCGGACAGCACCUGGAGAAGACAGGCGAGGCCACGGACGCCGGAUUACCUUCAGGGUGGCCAGAGGGAGAGUCCCUUCGAGUGCUGCCGCGGUUUGUCCAAGCUGAACGCUUCAUGAAGCCGCGGGCGCUCGGUCUCCGGUUUCUGGUGCUUCUGUUGGUUCUGCUGCGGCCGGUGCGCGCUCGGAAUCCCAGAGCGCAGGACGUGAGCCUGGGAGUGGACUGGCUGACUCGCUAUGGCUACCUGCCGCCGCCAGAUCCUAGCCAAGCCCAGCUGCAGAGCCUUGCGAAGCUGCGGGAUGCGAUCAAAGUCAUGCAGAGAUUUGCCGGGCUGCCCGAGACUGGCCAAAUGGACCCAGCAACAAUAGCCGCCAUGCACAAACCCCGCUGCUCCCUGCCUGAUAUCCUGGGGCCUGCCGGGCUGGUCCGGCGCCGACGUCGCUAUGCUCUGAGUGGCAGCGUAUGGAAGAAGCGAACCCUGACGUGGAGUAUCCAGUCUUUCUCUCAGAGCUCCCAGCUGAGCCAGCAGAUCGUGCGGACCCUCAUGAGCUAUGCCCUGAAUGUCUGGGCUGCUGAGUCAGACCUUAGAUUCCAGGAGGUGAAUUCUCAGCACCAGGACCCCGACAUCCUCAUCCACUUUGCCAGGUCCUACCACCAGGACAGUUACCCCUUUGAUGGCCCUGGUGGCACCCUGGCUCAUGCCUUCUUCCCUGGGGAGCACCCCAUCUCUGGAGACACUCACUUUGAUGAUGAGGAAACCUGGACUUUUAGGUCAAAAGACGGUGAAGGAAUCGACCUAUUUGCAGUAGCAGUUCAUGAGUUUGGCCAUGCCCUGGGCCUCGGCCACUCAUCUGCCCCCAACUCCAUUAUGCGGCCCUUCUAUCAGGGCCCAGUAGGUGACCCUGACAAGUACCGCUUGUCUCAGGAUGACCGUGAUGGACUGCAGCAGCUCUAUGGGAAAGUGUCCCAUCCUCCGGGUGACAAGCCCACAAGGAAACCCCUGCCUCCGUCUCUCCAACCUCCAGUGUUACCCCCUGACAGGCCCUCCACACCUGUGCCUGAUCGCUGUGAGGGCAAUUUUGAUGCUAUUGCCAACAUCCGAGGGGAAAUCUUCUUCUUCAAAGGCCCAUGGUUCUGGCGCCUCCAACCCUCAGGACAGCUAGUGUCACCCCGUCCUGCUCGGCUGCACCGCUUUUGGGAGGGGUUGCCAGCCUACGUGAAGGUCAUCCAGGCUGCCUAUGCUCGGCCCCUAGAUGGCCGCAUCAUCCUCUUCAGUGGCCAGCAGUUCUGGGUGUUCCGAGACCGACAGCUGGAGGGCACAGCGCGGCCACUGGUAGAGUUUGGGCUGCCCCAGGGAGAAGAAGUGGAUGCUGUGUUUUCGUGGCCUCUCAAUGGCAAGACGUACCUGAUCCGAGGCCAGCAGUAUUGGCGGUAUGACGAAGUGGCCGCUCGCCUAGACCCUGGCUACCCUCGCGUCCUGAGUCUCUGGGAGGGCGCGCCUCCCGCUCCGGAUGAUGUCACCGUCAGCAAUACAGGUGACACCUACUUUUUCAAAGGCACUCAUUUCUGGCGCUUUACGAAGGGCAGUGUCAAAUCUGAGCCGGAUUCCCCCCAGCCCAUGGGACCCAAGUGGCUGGAUUGUCCUGCCCCCAACUCUGACCCUCAGGUCCCCAAUCCUCCCAAAACGACACCUCAAACCGGAAACUGUGAUUGUCACUGUGAACUUAAUCAAGCCUCAGAGCAGCGGUUGUCCACCCUCCUGUUGCCCGUCCUGCCCCUGCUGGCUGGAGCCGGCUUUUCUUGCUGAAA